AUGUGUGUUAUAUUGUGUGCUGAAAACAAAUACCUCAAACAAAUAAUUUUCCUAGCCAUUGAGGAGGAUGAGGUACCCUAUUACACCAGCAGAAAAAAGUUGGCGGAUAAAAAAGAUGCAACAGUAGACUAUGAAGACAAUAAAAAUACUUUGAUCAAAAGAGGAAAACUUGGAGGUAAGGAAGACACAUGGCACCUAAGGGAAGCCGGCGCCUCUAUCAAACUUAAUAGUGGAGCUGUCCAACAACCUGUGCCAUUUACAUGUACAUGCUUAUUGUGGAACCCCAGGACCCUCUCCCCACCCAUUGCCAGUGAUGAGAUAUUGGUUAGCAGUGUUAUUGAACUAUCUCAUGAUGGCCCACCAGAUCUGGAAUACAGGGAAAGUGUUGAAGGAUUAAGUUUUACUGUAGCUUUGUUGCACAGUGCCCCUAAUUUGGAGGGGUAUGAGGUGGUUAUCAAGCAACUGACUGACCAAAAGAACAAUGAAUGGAAGGAAUUGAAGACAGAGAAUACUUGGCAUGGAUCAGAAACGUCAACAGUUCCCAGGUGGCUUUUCCCCUUUGCACAAGCUGUUUGUACAAAAUCAGGAGUUUCUUCAUUUGCUGCAAUCUGGCGUCCUAAGUCUUUCACCUUUUCAAGAGGUACUGCGGUAGGUCCGGAAAUGACCUGUAUCGUGCCUGACUUUCCUGAUGUCAGUGUUCAAAUUCCUCAGAGUUGUGUUCCUGUUAAUCAAGAUUUCUGUGUGACAAUCCAGGUACAAGAAUUUCCAAGCAGUGAGUUAAAAGGAGAGGAAGGACUUGUCGGUCCAGUUCUUUACAUAUCAGACACUCAAAAUGUUAGUCUCAUCGCGCCUGUAACCAUAAGGAUUCCUCUCACCCUCCGUAAAGGAAAACAAGAGUUGGCAGAGUUAUGUCCUGGUGAACUGAGGAUAUUACACUGUGAGUCACUGGUUGAACCACAUGACUGGAAAGACAUUACAGAUCAAUUGGAUGAACCGCCACGUCUUCUAGAUGGGAAAGUGCAAUUCAAAGUUAGGCAUUUCUCUAGAUUCCGUCCAGUCAAGUUGAGGACAUCGCGUUUAAAAUCUGCUUCAGACUUCAAUGCUUUUGUAAGAAAAAUUCGCCGUAGGUCGAGGCCUCAGUAUGCCCGAUUUUUUACGUGCCUGUGUAAGACUAGUGUUCCUGGACAUUUUGGACUCAGACUUUUCUGCUAUCCACAAAAACUGCAACAUGAUGUAAACCAGCAAAUAUCAAGGUGUAUCGUGCCCUACAUAGGCGAAGGCACCUCUUAUGAACCAGUCUGUGAAGAAGAGAAAAUUUUGGUGUCUCUUUCUGAGGCAAUCAUACCCCAAGGCUCAGACGAGAAAAACGCCUUACAAUUUGUGAGAUUCCGCGGGAACGAAGUUUAUGACACAGGUGGUGAAGUUUGCUUAGGAAGUGUGAGUGUUCCAAAAGUGAAGUUUAACAACCAAAGUCAGGAACUUUUGUGCAACGUGACCAUGGUAUUGGCAUCUCAAGUUCCUGUCCCCUUUGAUCAUGAAGAAGGAACUCACAUCCUUCGUGGUAUUUCCGCCCAAAGUGUGAGACAUUCAAUUGUAGAGCAACCAAAUUCAGAAUCAUCUUUAUGCAGCCCUGUUGCGGCUUCUGAUAAGAGGAAACGCUAUAUCUAUAUGGUUAAGGAUGGUAAACCUUCAGAUCGCGAGUUAGAAGAGCUGUCUCUGAAACUUGGAAAAAAAUGGAAGGAAUUGGGAAGCUGUCUGGAAUUCGACGACGCUGCAAUAACUAACUUGGAUGAAGACAAUAAGGAGUUGGCAAGGAAGGCUUAUCGUAUGUUAUUGGCUUGGAAACAAAGAGAAGGCUUCCAAGCCACUUACACAGUUUUGUACAAUGCCUUGUGUGACAAAUUGGUGGAAUGUAAACUUCUAGCAGAAAACUUUUGUUGUAUUGAGAUUGAAGAAAAUGCCUCUCCUUAGUCUUAUAUUAUAAAAAGUGA